CGACCAAAUGUCAAAUUCUGUCCCACGUGAGAAGCCAUAAAUAUUAAAAAAAAGAAAGUAGGAACAAAUUCAAACUUCCAAUUUUUUUGACUCCUAAAUUUUUCCUAAACUAAAAUGAGCGUGCCACUUCCUGCUGGAGCAGGUCUAGAAAAUAUAGACACGGAUCAAAUUAAAACAUUUAAAGAUUUUUUAAUUUCCUAUAAUAAAUUAACGGAAAUGUGUUUUAAUGAUUGUGUGACUGACUUUACAUCUAGAAACAUUAAGCAAGCAGAGGACAAAUGUUCUUUAAAUUGCUUAGAAAAGUUUCUCAAAGUCAACCAAAGGAUAUCCCAAAGGUUCCAAGAAUUCCAAAUGUUAGCAAAUGAAAAUGCUUUAGCAGCGAAUAAACAAGGCAGUACCUGAUGAAAAAUCUAGUCUAGUAGGUAUUUUAAAUUGUUACAUUUGUUGUAAUAAUUUUAUGUAGAAUUUGUUAAAUACUUUUUAUUUAUUUUAAGUAAGUGGGGAUGAAAUAAAACAUCCAACAUGUGUGUUUAAA